CAGCUGUUCUUGUUUUGCUGCUGUUUUCCCGUUCUUUUCCUCAAGGGUCUGGAUAACCGACCUCCACAAAUACCCAGUGAAAUCCACCUCUAUUUAUUCUGUAGCGGAGAAAACCAGCUCCUCUGCUCCGGCCGCUCACCGACCUUCCAGCGGGUCGUAAUUUCUCCCACAUUGGAGCCGUCAUCCGCCGACAUCGAGCGAAGAGGUGCAGCCGAUCCCAGGCCUCCAAUCCAGGGCGGAGGGGGGGAAGGAGGUCGCUGGGAAUCGGGAUGGAGAGCGGAGAGGCAGCGGGGCCCGGCGGGCCGGACGGACCGGGGUCGCAGUUCUGCUGCGCCUCGUUCAACCAGGACUCCACGUCACUGGCUUUGGGAACAAAGGCCGGCUACAAGCUGUUCUCUAUGACUACGUUGGAAAAACUGGACUGUAUCCAUGAGAGUGCAGAGACUCCAGAUGUGUACAUCGUGGAGCGCCUCUUCUCCAGCAGUCUGGUGGUUGUAGUGAGCACCUCCAUGCCGCAGCGCAUGAACAUCUACCACUUCAAGAAAGGGACGGAGAUCUGCAACUACAGCUACCCCAACACCAUCCUGGCUGUCAAGCUCAACAGACAGAGGCUCGUGGUGUGCCUGGAAGAGUCUGUUUAUAUCCACAACAUCAAAGACAUGAAGCUGCUCAAGACUCUGCUCAACACUCCGUCCAACCCCUCAGGUCUCUGUGCUCUCUCUACCAACCAUUCCAACUCCUACCUGGCGUACCCUGGCAGUGCCACCACUGGGGAGAUCAUCGUGUAUGAUUCCAACAAUUUGAACACAGUGACCAUGAUCCCAGCUCAUGACAGUCCUCUGGCAGCUCUCACCUUUGACACCUCGGCCACCAAGCUCGCCAGCGCCUCAGAGAAGGGAACCGUCAUCCGAGUGUUCUCCAUUCCUGAGGGCCUGCGUCUGUUUGAGUUCCGCCGGGGAAUGAAGAGGUACGUCAAUAUUAGCUCCUUAUCCUUCAGUCCAGACGGUCAGUUCCUCUGUGCAUCCAGCAACACAGAGACGGUGCAUAUCUUCAAAAUGGACCAACUAGGACCAAGUGGAGGGGACGAGGCUGCCACCUGGACAGCCUACGUGGGGAAGAUGUUCUCAGCAGCCAGCAGCUACCUCCCUACUCAUGUCUCAGGCAUAAUGAGCCAGGAUCGGGCCUUUGCCACCGUCCACCUUCUGACAUCCGUCCAGAGGAACGUCUGCACCAUGGCUAUGAUCCAGAAGCUUCCACGGCUACUGGUGGCCACAGCUGAUGGUCAGCUCUUCAUCUACAACGUGGAUCCACUGGAUGGAGGCGAGUGCAUGUUAGCCCACAAACACAGGCUCUUUGGUAUUGAUGAUGACGAGGGUGAAGGAGAAGAGUCAGAGGGGUCAGAUGUCACAGGGCCAGCUCAGGCUUGUCCAUCCUACGCUGCGACCGCUGCCUUGCCAGUCUCUGGUCCCAUCACUGCUACCCUCACUGGCUACUCUGAGGAUGGCGGGGCAAAGAAAGGCGAAGUCAUUCCAGAACACGAGUUUGCGGCUGGACCUGUGUGUCUGGACGAUGAGAACGAGUUUCCUCCUAUUAAUUGGUGCCGAGACGGGACUGGAGGAGGCCCGACCAGGCGCUCGUGAAUGAAUAGAAGGACAGAUGGACAGACACAGGCACUGGUGCGAUGAACAUAAAAAAGAAGUAUUUCAGGGUGCCAAUUUUUUAUCCACUUGAGAGAAAGUACUAUGGAUUGACAUUGGCUAACCGGAUGACGUGGGAAACCAAACACUGACCAGGUUCAGGUGCUCAUGUUACGUAAUGAUUGAGCUAAAGAUACACUUCUGAUUUAGUCACAGCACCUUUAGUAACUCUAAACUUCCUUCAGCCUCCGUUUGAGUUUCAUCUGUAACUUGAAACUAUAAUCAGGGAGUUUGUGUUUAGGGAGUGUUUCCUGGAAGUAUGCGGUGCGUGCUGGAGCAGAAAUAUAACCACAACUUUCAUAGCUUUUUUACUUGACAAAUAUUUUUAGUAAGUUGCAUUACUGUAGCAAUUUUCUCAUUAACAAUAUUUUUGUUCACUUCCAUGAUAAUGAAUUGUUCUUAAUUUUUCUUCUGUAUGGUAUUUGACUGCAUUGACAUGUAGUAGAUGUUUCAGUGUAUGCCUCCUGGUACAUUUCAGAAGGUGUGUAUGUACUGUAAAAUUGUUUGUGCCUAUUAUCAUUUGGAGAAGAGCAAAUUACUUUGCGAAUUGCACAAGACCAAAACAAGUGAAAUAAAAAAUAAACAGUGAAGAAAAAAAUGAACCUAUGCAAAGCAAAUAAUUUGUCUUGUUUUUUGUUGUUUUAUGCAUUUGAUUUUUAAAUCAUUUAAAUCUCUGUUAAAUGUUGCAACUGCUCCAGAGUGUGUUGAAGGCCACGAUGUAAUGAAGCCAAUAGCUAUGUUAGUCUGUACAGUCAAAAACAAAGUAUUUGCAAACCAAAAAAACUCACACAAAGUCUAUGAGCAGCCCUUCAUGUUUUGUGUCAUAUCCCAAUGGCUCCAAGUCACAGCAAUAUAACAUCGCUCCCAUGUGAGGCUGAACUCCAGGACCUUCAGAUUAUACCCAUCCCUUCGACUGAACAAAUGGUGGUAUAGUAGUAAUGUUUGGACUGUUAUACUGAGCUAAACAAAAGAAAGGAACUGCAUUCUGCUAUUGUAUUCACAGUGAACACUAACUGCACAUUCCAGAAUUGUGGGAGAAGCCAGAGAGGCUCAAGAGAGGGACAGUCUGUGGAUCACCUAUUUCAGGGACUUCAAUUGAGUAUGUGUAUUUCUUAUCACAAGUGGAAAUAAAUCAGCUUUAUGAUAACCUUA